CAGUAAUGACCUCAAACACACACACACACACACACACACACACACACACACACACACACACAGCUCAGGAUAGUAUGGGCGAUGGAGUGAGCAGGGGUGGAGCCCCAGAGUUGAUGGAGUUGUGGGACAGACCCCAGGUCAUGAUAUGCUGACAAACACAAACAGAGAUGGAUCCUCUGCGAUUGGAGACAGCUUUGGAUCAUCAUGGGAUAUUAAAAGUUUGUCAAAUUAAAUAUUUUUUCAAGAGCAAAUGAUGGACGUAAGGGCUGUUUGCUUAAAGGAAGAUGCUCCGUAGUCAAUCUAUUAGCUUUUUUUUUUUUUUUCACAAGUGGUCAGUGGUUGAUGUCCUAGGUUUCUUUUAAGUGAAUAGAAGAGCUGAUGCCUGUGCAAAAUACUGAUAAAAGGAGGUAGCUGGUUGAAGAAGAUGAUUGGUAGCAGAUGAUAAUCGUGGAUACAGGCUGCUCUAUCAGAUUCAGGAUACGUUUUAAAUUGUUUCUUCUUUUUUUUUAACCAAAGCUUUUUAAAAAGGCGAUCUCUAAUGCAAGGCAACAAUGGGAACGGAUGGGCUGGAAGUAAUCGCCAUUGCUGUUGUUAUUGGUCUGUUUGUUGUCGUGCUCAAACAGUUUGGGGUAUGGGAGCCCUUAUCUCUGGAAGAUGAUGACAGCUGUGACAAUGACCUCGAGCUCUCCAUGGUGCGGCACCAACCUGAGGGUCUCGACCAGCUCCAGGCGCAGACUCAGUUCACCAGGAAGGAGCUUCAGUCGCUCUACAGAGGCUUCAAAAAUGAAUGUCCCAGUGGGCUCGUGGACGAGGAAACUUUUAAGACGAUUUACUCACAGUUCUUCCCUCAAGGAGAUGCAACCACAUAUGCACAUUUCUUGUUCAAUGCGUUUGACAUUGACAGAAGUGGAUCAAUCAGGUUUGAGGACUUUGUGAUAGGAUUGUCCGUGUUGCUCAGAGGCUCCGUCACAGAGAAACUGCGAUGGGCUUUCAACCUGUAUGACAUCAACAAAGACGGCUACGUUACUAAAGAGGAAAUGAUGGCAAUAAUGACGUCCAUUUAUGACAUGAUGGGCAGGUAUACUUUACCCAAUGUACGAGACGAUUCACCAUCUGAGCAUGUGGACAGAUUCUUCCAGAAGAUGGAUCGAAACAGAGAUGGAGUGGUGACAAUCGAUGAAUUCAUAGAAACCUGCCAAAAGGAUGAAAACAUAAUGGCCUCCAUGCAGCUCUUUGAAAAUGUCAUCUAGUUCCUGCAGAGGGACGUGGAUCAGUAAUGCCGCACAGUGCUUCCAGCUGCAAGCUCCAAACGCCUGAAAUAACUUAAUUCAUCCUGAAAAAAGGACAAAUCUGGGUCAUGCAACACAUUUGACACAUUUAAAUACAAAAUGGCGACCACUGUUUUUUCCUGUCAACCCGUUCUAUGCAGAGGGAUGUGCAGAAAUCCCUGUGUCAAGUUUCUUUGCAUGACAGUUUUACUCUUGUUGUUGCACAUGAAGGAAAUGUGAAAUAAAGACGUCACCGUUGCCAGAUGAGCAUGAGUGUAUGCACAACUUUUUAAAGCAUGUGAUGAACCACUCACAAGGAUUCAUUGUUGUCAUCUCGGCAAAUGACAGUUUGCAUAUGUGAUUUGUUACUGUAUAAUAGUGUAAAGAAAUAUAUAUGUUUCAAAGUUCUUUAGAUUGUUGUGUAAAUGUGAUGCCAAGUCAUUGUCAUGUUGACCCAAAAUAUGCUGAAAUAAAUAUAAACCUUCACA